GGGGUUGACAUGGUAUUGACAGAAUUAGACGAUGUACGGGCACAGGGGUCCCAAGAAGGAAUGUCAUGCAGGAGGAAGGAGAGACAGGACACAGAAGAUUUAGAAGCAUUCUGGGAUAUGAGAGAGAUAACAUUUGUUGAAUUGAAUGAUCAUGUAACACAAGCAAUAAGAGGGCAGGCUUCACUGCCCCAACUGGAGCUGUUGAUUAAUGAAAUCGAGGGAAAAGAGACAUUCAUUUAUAAUGUUUUGAAGUUAGGACAAGUAGGAUUAGGACAUGAGAUGUUUGAUAUAAUGAUAAGGCAAUUACGAAGUUUGAAGAGAAUGCGGGAUGAGGCGUGGAGAUGUCUGAAUGUCAAAGUCAGUCCAGAAAAGGGAACACGUGGUGGAAAGCAAGACAAGAGAACAGUACGACUUAAUAUAAGUGGAGGAGUGGUUGAUGGGGCUCGGGAAACAGAAAUUGUGGGUGACUCUAGUAGUGAGGAGGAAAGGGACACACAUCCACAGGCCGAUCCCCAGGCACCAUUGCUUCCCUUGAGGUUUAAAACAGCAGUGAAAAACGCAGCACAAAUCCCAUUUGGGAAAGUGUGGGGUAGGGACAGAGAAGACAGUGACUUAGAUGAGGAGGAAGACUCAGAGAUAGCAGAACAGUGCUCUAUAAAAGGUCCGCACACAUGCCGAACUUGGGGACAUUCAGUUGAGGCUGGGCUGAACUCUGGACUACCCAUUUUGCAAGAAAAUGCUCCAAACUUCAUAACUCAUCUGGAGAGUGAGAUGGAGAGAAACAUCUUUCUUGGAUCUAUGCCAAGAUCAGAAUUAAAAGAUGGUGUAACUCAUUACGUCAUUCUGCACAGAAAAACAGAGGACUGUCUGCAAAAACAGGACAUUGACAGGCAGCGCAAGCUGGUUCAAAGUCAACUGAACUAUGUGAAAGGGAUGAAGAAAGCCCAAACUCCUGCACCAGGCCUGGGACUGGAUCUCAUGCCU